AUGUCUCUCCACACCUCCUAUCACGCCGAUUCCGAUGCAGACGACGAGUACGAACGCAGUGUCAUUACCUCACCUCACCUAGCCACCGAUUCGGAAGCCUCCCCCUCCGAGUCCGAGUUUCCCUCCGCCGAACAUACCCCGACCACCCUGGCCAAUUUCGACGAUAACCCCCGCUCGCCUAAGACAAUCAUCACAGAAUGGACGGCCGAAGAGUGCGCACAUUUUGUUGCCGCUUUGGGUCUGCGUCAGUACUGCGCGGCCUUUUUAGAGAACGAAAUCGUUGGCGAAGCGCUUAUCGCACUCAAACACGAUGAACUGAAAGAGAUGGGUAUUGCUAGUGUGGGGCACCGGUUGACCAUCCUCAAGAGCGUCUACGAGACCAAGGUCAAGCAAGAUAUUCCGCUGGACGCCGAUCACUACAUUCCACUCUCUGCCGACCAAAGUAUGAACGAAGGUGCCACACAAGACGAUGUCGCUCGUUUGAUUCAGUCCAUCCGAUUGCGGGACGAACGCAUAGUCACCGUGGAGGCAGAGUUGCGGCGCAUGGCAGACGACUACCGCCGGUUGCGCGAGGAACUCCUACCUGUCUUCAAGAUGGCCAAGGAUCGAUCGCAACCGCUGCCACCCCCAUCGGCGGUACCCGCAACUGCAACAGAAACCUAUCACGAGCCCCCCAAUCUCACCUCUCCCUCUGGAAUCACGCUCCUGGAUCGCUCGGGGUCGAUUCUCUCGAGAACAUUCUCCAAGAGAGGACACACCGGCGGGACUACCCCCAAAACCAGCUCACCCACUUAUAUCCCACCUUCCAUUCACGAGGGACGCAUGUAUGGUGACGGCGGUGGGUUGGAUCCGUCCACGGCGAACUCAUCCCACAUGGCUAUGAUGAACGGAAAGGCCCAGCUAUCGCCAGGAAUCCCGUCGCCGACCUCCCCAGGCAACCUUCACACACAGACUCUGGCCUCACGGGCCUACUCCCAGCCUAGUUCGGCCAGCAUCAACCACGCCUCCCACAACCACCACGACGACACGCCUCCGACGCAAUCCCGCUCGGACCGCUUGAAUCCUACCCCGACGCAAGCCACGCGCCCUGACAUCCCGACACGGUCAGAUUCUCGAGCGACUGGGGACCCCCCGAGCGUGGAGAUCUUCAAGUCUUUCCGAGUAUCGUUGGAUGACCCCUGCCAUAAAGUCCUCCCCGCCGCUCUGAAGAAGUACAACAUCAACGCGGACUGGAAGCAAUACGCACUGUAUAUCGUAUAUGGUGACCAGGAACGAUGUCUCGGGUUAGAGGAGAAGCCGUUGAUCUUGUUCAAGCAACUUCAAAACGAAGGACGGAAGCCGAUGUUCAUGCUGCGGAAACAAGUCCAUCCACUGGAGAACAACAUGUAUCCCACCGGUAGCGGGUCAGCCCCGAAUAGUGCUGGUUUCGAAGGGCGACAAGCUCAAAUCAAUCUACCUGGCGGAGUUUUGUGA